AUGCCUGGCCAAGAGAAUAAGGUUCUCAAGCUCAAGCACCAAGAGACGCUUCAAGUUCGUGUUCUGUCAGCUGAUUAUGUCGCUAUCGACCCCCUUCAGCCCGACGCCGUUCCUGACGCCCUUGGUAUUAUGCGACAAGAUCCACUACUACGUGCUGGAUCGCCCUUACCCGACCCCGAUCUCAACAACGCCUCCGGUCCUGAACCCCCUGUACGACCCGAUGUCAUUACAGACAAU